GCAAGAUCCCGCGCUUCGCAGCGCAGCGCGUUCCAUUCCAGCUUCCAUCUGCCGCCUCCCGGCCCCCAUCAUGGCGCCCUCGUCGCCUCAACUCAAAGAACCGUCGUCCGCGGUGAAGCAGGCGUCGACGGGCCCGGCGGCGCUGCCCGAGCGCACAAAGAGGAAGACGUCGCCCUCGCUCCCCGAGGCCUCGGGUGCCACACAGCAGCCGGCCAAGCGGAAGCCGCCGCCGUUCCAGCGCGCGUGGUCCCCCGGCGACGAGGUCCGGAUCCUGAAGGCCCUCGCCACUUACCGCCGUGAACAUGGCGGGCGCCUGCCAACGCCGGUUGAGCUCUUCGGCGCGCUCGAUGGCAGCCUCGAGAAGGAAGGCGUCGGAGCAAAGGAGCUCGCCAUCAAGCAGCGCAGCUUCAAGCGCCGCUACGACCGGGACGUCAUGAAGAAUGCUCCGCCCGCCGAUAAACACGAACGCCGCCUCUACCUCCUCUCCAAGCACGUAUGGGGACGCGUUCCCCCUCCCAGACCACCGGUUGCCAAGGUCGGAAGUGCUACUCAAGCGAAGGGCGCCGGCGCCCAAGCAAGCAAGGCCGAUGCCCAAGCCCAAGCCCAAGCAAAGAGCGCCGACCACCAGUCCGGCAAGGAGGCGCUGAAGCCCAAGGCCAAGACUUUGGAUGAGAUGCGCGAGCUGUAUCCUUACCUGGUUGAUGAGGCCACGAUCCUUGUCGAACCGGCGGUGCUGGAGAGAGUGCUCCUCAACAUUGGAGACAUCGACGCCCAGGUGUUGGACAAGAAGAUCAGGAAGGCGAGGAAGCAGCUCGCCGAUGCCAUCACGGAAUCGGCAAGGAUUAACAACAUGGAAGUGCCUACAAUAUUUCUGUUUACAUCCAGCAAGCUUCAACCAGAAAAGUUAAGAGUGGAAAAUGAGAAUAAUCUUUUGGUUGAUCAUUUGGAGAAAAUGGAUGAUGUGGAUAUUUGUGCUAAACAACGAUUGGCAAGAGUGGAACGUGAAGUAAAGGAGUUGAGACAGACUGUAAUAGCUUACCAGUCUCAGGCAAAGGGUAUAAUAUGUGAAUCAGCCAAGGGUGGCCUUCAAUCAAUUGUAGCUGAAAAUCAGACUCCAGCCAAUAUACUACAAAAGAAGACAGAAGUACCAAAUGACUUGAUCCAUAAAAAGAAUGCGGCGGUUACAUCAAAAUAUCAUUGUGCCGUUCCCCACAAUGUUCCUCCCAAUAAGCCGAAAAUGCAAGGGGUGAUGUUGCCACCAUCUAAGGCGUUUCCUGGUAUGCCUAGGAAGAUUGACAAAAGUCCGACUCCACGCAAAGCGAUUUGGAAGGGGCCCAUAUGUUGACUAGGUUCUAAAGGCGACGACCAGGUUUCCCUUGUAACAUAGCUCUACUGUGUGUUUGACUAGGUUUUCAUUUUGGUCCAAGCUGCACAUGAUCCAGCACAGCAGUAUGUAUGGCUCGGACGGUUCUGGGUCUCAUAAGACUACCGCACCCUGUAGUGGGUCUAUAUUUUGGUGAAAUAUCUGCAAAAAGGUUAUCUAGAUGUUGCAGAUGUCCUGUCAAACUGAUGACAUUAUUAGCAACGAGUGUCCUCUGGUGCACAUGCACUAAGAUUGUUGAACUCUGGUUGUAGUCCUAGUUAAGCAAUGAAGCUCACAUCUCAUAUGCUGAUAUAAUUGUGGACUAGGAUUACUAU